UUUAUGUACUUUGCUAUGAUUCAUGCGAAUAUGCAUGUGUACAUAAAAGCAGUACACAUUGAAAUAUAACGAAUGAGAAGAAAAUUUCAUACAAAACGACCAAGUUCGAUUUUAGAAACUGAAACGGUUUUUUUGAAGAAAAGAGCAAAUAAAUUUCGUUAAGAAUAUAGAUUCUCAUUUAUAAAAUGCCUAAAUCAAAGGAAUAUGUCUCGAGCGAUAGUGAUAGCGACAGCGAGGUGGAACAAGUAAAGAAGAAACAGAAAACAGAAACAGGAGAAAAAGCUAUCUCAAAUAAAAAAUCAAAGAAAGAAACUAAAGUGGAAGAACCGAAGAAUGAUGGGGAAGACGGAUGGGAUUUAGGUGGCAGACGAUAUGUAAAUGUUCGAAAUUUUAAAGGAAAACUCUUUGUUGAUAUAAGAGAAAUGUACAUGGAUAAAGAUGGAGAUUUAAAACCAAGUAAAAAAGGUAUUUGUUUAAAUAUGGUACAAUGGCGCAAGUUCAUGUCAAUCGUUGAAGAGGUUGAUAAAGAUGUGAAAUCAAAAUGUUGAUAAAUUAUUAUCUUAAUUGUUGAUCAAAGUCAUCUUAUCUGAUUAUAAGAUGUACAUUUUGGUUUUCCAAUUAUAUCUCUUCUUUGAUAUUUAAUAUAUUUAUUCAAGUAAAAAUUUUAGUUUUCUUUUUUUAAUAAUGAACAAUAUAAUAUAAUUUUUGUUGACUUACAAGAUUGUCAUUUCAAACAUUACAUUAUAUAUUAUUGGAAGUGUUAUUAUCAAGUUUUCAUGUGUCAAAAAAUAAAUAUUUAUUAUACGUA